UGUCCCUCAUGACGCACUCCGCCUCCUCGAUCUGAGAAGGUGGCGCUGGGCGGUGCCGGCGUCUGAAGUGGCCGUCGUACGGCACGGCUCUGCGGCUGAUCGCGCCGCGGGCUGCUGCUGUUGCUGCUGCCCCUCCCGGCUCCUCGGGAAGCGGCUCCGUCCGCACGCUCUCCGCCUUUGCGCCCACUGCCCCGCUGCUUGGCGCCGGCCUGGGAGCCCCCCAGGUAUAAGCAGCGAAAGAUGAGUCGUGGUUUUUCAGAAAACAAUAACUUUCCGUAUGACAACAAUCAAAUGGUUUUGGAUAUGAUCCUGUGUUCCCUACUUGGUGUUUCUCAGCCUAUCAACUGGGACAGCGUGGCAAGGCUAGUUCCUGGAUAUACAUCCAAAGAGUGUGCAAAAAGGUUUGAUGAACUAAAAAGCACUGGAAGUUCACCCGUUGACAACCAGUAUAAUCCCUUGAUGGCUGCUGGUGAGAAUCCUGUGGAAACUUUAGCUGUGUACAUCAAAUCCUCCUUGCUCGACACACAGACAGAGUUUCAGGACACUGCUAUUGGGCAGGAUUCCAUUACUAUAACUGGAAGGCCCAGCACAACCUCCACAAGGAAUUGUUCAUCAGAAUCUGACAAAGGUCCUGUGCAUAAGAGUGAAGAAAGCACUGAUGAGAGCCAGGGGCCAAAUAUGGUGAUACACGUGUGUGAUGAAGCAAAAAACCUCAAAGAAGAUUUUGUUUGUCCUCGAGAUCUUUUGAUUUCCGAAAUGAAAUACUUUGCUGAAUAUCUAUCAGUGGAUGCCCAGCGCUGGGAAGAAGUGGACAUUUCAGUGCACUGUGACGUUCACAUCUUUGACUGGUUGAUAAGAUAUGUUAAAAGAAACACCAAAGAUGGUGAACCUUAUGAAAUCCCCGCUUUAGAACCAGCAAAUGUCAUAUCAAUUCUCAUUUCUUCUGAGUUUUUGAAGAUGGAUUCAUUAGUAGAAAAAUGUAUUCACUAUUGUCAUAAAAAUAUGAAUGCCAUUGUAGCCACGCCUUGUAACAUGAAUUGUAUCAAUGCUAAUCUUGUUGCACAUAUUGCUGAUCUCUUUACUCACAAUGAACUGGAAGAGCUGAAGGACAAGAGAGAUAAAUUUAAAAGUAAACUUUUCUGCAAGAAGAUUGAGAGACUGUUUGAUCCAGACUACAUAAAUCCAGAUUCUCGAGGAAAUGCAGCUACCUUAUACAGAUGUUGUUUAUGUAAGAAGCUGUUAACUAAAGAAACUGAAAGAAGAAUUCCGUGUGUACCAGGAAAAAUCAACAUAGAUCAACAUGGGAAUAUUGUCUAUGUUCAUAUAAGAGAUAAAGCCUGGGAAGUCCAUGAAUACCUAAUUGGCCUUCACGAAGAACUGAAAUCUUGGCAGGAUGUUUAUUGGCGUCUCUGGGGGACUGUCAAUUGGUUGACCUGCUCAAGAUGUAACCAGUCUUUCCUGUGUACUGAAUUCUCUCAUUGCCAGUACCAUCCACAGCCAGUUCUUUAUCCAGGUGUAGCAAGUGCUCUGGGGUCAACUGGGACAGGAGUAUAUCCAUGUUGCAACCAAAAAGUACUUCGAUUUGAUCCUACUACCCUCCCAAAGGGCUGUAAGGUGAGAGAUCACGUGACUAGUUUACCUUCUGGAAAUGAAGAUGGGGAUUCUUUGCCAUCUCAGACCACUAAAAUAUUGAAUGAUCUGCUCCAUCACAGAGAUGUUAUUGUUGUUCCUUUUACUAAGGAUGAGAAUAGUGACUCUGGUAUUGGUCUUUGUGAUGAAAAAGGCAUUGAAUGUGAUGUGCUCGUAGAACCAAAUACACCGUGGGGCCCCAAAACUGGAGAAAUCAAUGCUUUUCUUUCUCUGAAGAACUGGACUUUACAACUGAAACAGCAGUCAUUGUUAUCUGAAGAAGAGGAGUAUACCACUGGUUCUGAAGUCACUGAGGAUGAAGUGGGGGAUGAAGAAGAAGUAUGCAGGAAACCAGGGAGAAAGGAGAAACUAAAGAAGUUCUAUAAACACCCUAAGAAAGGGGCUUCUUCACCUAGUAUUCAGAAAAAGGAGAAGCCAUCUGACAAGCCAGGUUCCCGGGAUGCAUCUCCGUUCACUGUAAGCGUGCAGCAGAACAAAUGGGAUGCCUCCAGGUCACUGAGAUUCAACCAAGAUGCUCAAAGAGAAGACGACCAGAGGAGAAUGUCUGAGAUUACAGGACACUUGAUAAAAAUCAGACUGGGAGACUUUGGUCGAAUCAAGUCAAGAGAGAGCAAAGAAUAUGCGGGAGGUAUUUAUUCGAGACUUGAAGCUCAAAUAAAGGCCUCAGCACAGGUCAGUGCACGACAAAUCAGCACUGAGAAGAAUGCCAGGUCAAAAUCCCGUUUUGGUCAAGGUCGUCCAACAUAAAGACUCAUGAAAAAAUUGUAGCCAGAAUGCAUUACUACUUCCUGAAAUUGUAUGGCACUCUUGAUAUAUGGAGAAUAUGCAUCUCCAAAAGCCUUGACUUGAUAAGCAAUCACUUAUGUCUUUAAGCCUUGUACAUUAUUGUGUAUGAUAAAUGAACAUAAGUCCAAUAAGGUCUGUACUUAUUUUAAUUGUAAAUAUACUAUUUCUUAAAUUUAAGUUUAGUUGCUUUUUGGGCUGUUGUUUUGAGACGCAUAGAAAAUAUUUUAUAAACCUGUGCAGUUAACUUAUUCAACUAACUUUCUAUAGGGGAAGACAUAAAUAUGCCUUCCAGUAUGAGAGAUACUGGAAAUGAAAAAGCAAGACUACUGAAUUCUGAAUGCAUUCAGCAAUGUUAACAUAAGUCACGUGGAAUGUAUGUAUAUGUUAUGUUGUAUUUGAUAGGACAUUUUAGGCCUGUCCUCUAGGGAUUUGCAUUUGAAGUCAGUGACAGUACAAUAGCUGUGAAUUAGACUAGUUAAUGCGGAGUUUUAAUGCAGUUCUGAGGCUUCCUUCCAUACGUCUACACAGCUCACAUUCAUGUGAAGGUGGCUAACAGAUGGAAGCUAGACCUUAAGAGAUUAUUUAAGUGCCUCACUGAUUCAGAUCUUGCAUGUGAAACACUGAAUUUACCUGUAAGUGAAGUUCACACUUACUCCCAUACCAUAUCUGUUUCCUCUUGCAUGGUACCGCGUUUGGUUCCCUUCUAAUGCCCAGGCACAGCUGUUCCAACUCCCAAUGCCAUACCACUAAAUUACUGAGAGGAUAUGCUAUUAAUUAGGCAUCUUUCAGUUGAAAGGCAUCAUUAUGAAGAGUUGUCCAUAUACAUGUUUCAGGUCUAAUUUUUUUUUCUGAAACCUGCCUUAAUAGUACUGUUUAGAAGGCACUUUCAAAUUCUGUAAUUGGAACAACAGAAUACAAGUCUGUGUGUAUGUAAAAUCCAGGGCUACCAAAAUGAACUAAUUUGCCUAGAAAAUAGUUCAUGUGUUAGCAAAGAGGAUGGCAGUAACAGUGGCUGAAUUCCAGUAAACAUAUUCUGACCUUUUUGAGACAAGUAGUAAGAGCACUCAGGGAAAGUUUGUUCUGGAUCAGAGCUGCAAAAUGUGAAUUUGGAGUUAAGUCUGCAAGAUAGUGGGAAGUGGGGCACAGAGUUCAGGCUGGAACAAGGAGAGGGAGAACGUGACUGUAAUCAUUCUUCUCUCCAUUCAGGCUUUUUUGUGUGUUUUGUGGGUUUUCAGCGGGCAUUAGAAGAUUGGGAUACCAGUGCUUGAAAAUACUGCUUUCCAGAUGGAAGAUUUUUUAUUAAAAUUUAAAAUGAGUAAAUUCUGUUUAUUUCUGUAUUUUUUCCAAUGCAAAUUCAGAGCACAAUAAAACUAACAGGCAAAGCUGUGGAUUUCACUGGCUUUGAUUUUUGGGCAGGAACCUUUGCAGGUGUGCUCCAAUCUGUAUUAAAUAAACAAGGCCUUGUUAAUGUGCUGUGUCUGUUUGCGAGUAGUAAAGCAGCUUUAAACACCUGUAGUGAACACUGGAAGAGUGUGUAUAUGUAUGCUUAUUUUUCUUAGAACAGCUAACCAAAAAUAGAGGGAAUAUGCUGCUGGUUUUGUUGCAUAGGGAAAAUGCUGGUUUUAUGUGCCAAUGUUGUUACAUUUUUUCAAAAGUAUUUUGAGCAUAUAACAACAACAUGCAUUGUGUGCAGCCCUUUUUCCCUGCUUGCCAACCACAUUGUUUUUGUUUUGUUUUGUUUUUAAUUUUGUAUUAAUUUUGAAAUUGUCUUGGUUUAAUGGAAAUAAAAGUAAUUAAUUUAAGAGAUGUGUGGGUAUUCUAUGGAUACUUGUAAGAAGUGCAUAAAUAUUGCAACUUUGGUCAUGCUUGUGUGUUUUUGAUUAGUUGCAGCAUCAUGAUACGGAUGGUUUAUCUGUAAAGAGAAGGAUAUAAUUGAAGGCUGAGCUAUCCCAAAUAUACCUGAAAAUACUUAUCUGCAUUUAGUUUUUGGCUCUGGAGCAACCUGCCCUGUAGAUUGCUUAAGUGAGCAAAAUGUCGGAUUGAGCUAUGCUUAAAAACAUCCUUAAUUUUGCAUCCCACUGCUGCAGUCCUGAUCAUACUAUUUAAAUAGUCUGAUAGAUCCAUGAAUUAGGAUUAUUUUCCAUUAUUUGUUUGUAGAAAUUGCGAGAUGUAGAUCCAUUUUAUGUGCAGUUGGUAUAUAGGAAAGAAUACAGCAUGUCACAUACAUGUGUGUUUGAACUUGCUUGCUGUUCUGUGGAGCUGUGCCUGUUUGCUUAAUGUCUCAAAAUGUUGGGGAAAGGGACAGAAUAUUCAUUUUAGCCACAGAGAUGGCUUCGGAACAAAAAAGAUGUAGAAGAAGAGAAACAUGAAUGUACAGUUAUCCCUGUAAGCAAUCUCAAAACCUGAAUAGUAUGAGCAUGUUUUACAUGAUAAAGUUGAAACAUGAAUAUUUGAGUAAUUGCUUGGAUCUUUAUUAGUAUUACCUAUGAGUAUAAAAUUACAAGAGAUUCUUGCACGGACACAUCAUUUUCCAGUGUAGAUAAGCACAGUUUCAGGGGUCUCAUCAGAAUACACUUUAAAAUGGCAGGUAUUAUGUUCAGUGUUAUAGAAUCACAGAAUGGCCUGGGUUACAAAAGACCACAAUGCUCAUCCAGUUCCAACCCCCUGCUAUGUGCAGGUCACCAACCAGCAGCCCAGGCUGCCCAGAGCCACAUCCAGCCUGGCCUUGAAUGCCUGCAGGGAUGGGGCAUCCACAGCCUCCUUGGGCAACCUGUUCCAGUGCCUCACCACCGUCUGGGUGAAAAACUUCCUCCUAAUAUCCAACCUAAACCUCCCCUGUCUUAGUUUAAAACCAUUCCCCUUGUCCUAUCACUAUCUUCCUCCAUACACAGAUGUACACCCUCUUGUUUAUAAGCUUUGUUGAGACAAAUGCCUUGAGCUUUGACAGUAUAACUCACAAAUAAGCCCUUGUUUUUCCCUUACAGCACGUGCACCAACAUCAACAGUUUGCCAUUCAUUUCCAUUUUGUUGAGCCCAUACUCUAUGUUCUAAUGGACAGAGUGUAGCCCCACUGUGAAUAAAUCUCAACACAACGAUUGGGUAUAUGGUAUAUACUGAAGCAUUGCAUAUCGUUCGGACAAAGGCUGCAGCAUGGUUUUUAACAGGAUCAUGAGUAAAACACCAUAGAUGCCACCAGGAUUGAAAUUCUCUUUCAAAUUUAUUUGUGUUACGCAAAUCACCUUUUGAAUUUCAGUGUGCGAAGUACCUCCUUCACCUUCUCUUACAAUUGCUGCUACUGUAGAUUGCAUCCAUAUUUGAGCUUGGAUAUAACUAAGAGCUAGAUAAACAUUUCCUUGGAUUAUGGCAAGUGAAUCUACAAUUAAUUGUUGGUCUUUCAUAUGAGUCCUCUCCCUUUGAGGUAAUAGAUAAGAGCCUCUGGUUGGUUCCCAGUGCUGAUAGGGAAGACUGCAAGCGGUGCUGUAAUGCAUGCAGGUCACUUGUUGGUGUACUUUACUUAUGAGCAUUUCAGUAUCUGUACUACUUACUGCUCCUAGUCCUGCUCCUGUUAUGCCAGUCACACACUCAUUUAGUCAGGGGAAGUGCUCACCUGUGUAGCCACGUUAGCCAUGCUGCACAGGAUACAUUUAGAAAUGGUGAGCAGGUUGGUUUGAUUGCUGCGAUACUAGUUUUCAUCAACAACUUGACCUUUUAAGAGACCAGGAUGGAUUAAACAGUAUCCAUUGUUAACCUGUAUUUCUGCUUGCAUGUUUCAAUCUCAUAAUGCUGUGAGGACAAAGCCUUUUCCCCAUCCUCUACUACUCAGUAGUGGGGUGACUGGGAGGAGUCAGUGUAGGCAGGGUGCUUUUUCUGUGUUUGAUAACGAUUAAAUUUAAGUGAUCAUCCCAGACCACUGCUAGCCAGAGACAAGCUACAUUAACAGGUUGCAUUAAAGUAAAGUGGUACUAACAGUCCCACCUUUCUGUGGGACUGUUACUUUUCUACCUCUUGCUCCUGUUUUGACAUCAAUCACAGAGAUUUGAGAUACUUUCUCAUGGUUGCACCCAUUGUUCACCAACAUCCUAUCUUUAGUUCUUGCAUUUCCCAGGAGCUGGGGAGUCACGUAUUCAGAGCAUGUGCCAGCUACAUUCAUUUUUAAAGCAUAUUUCAUUUCAAGCCUGUGUUAUAAUUAGAAUUUGGUUCCAUCCUUUGGAACACCUGACACAGGAAUGGGACUACAGCUACCCAAUAUGCACAAAAGGAUCAGCAUAAGUGAUUACAAAUAUCAAUCCAAAGAUGUCUGCCCAGAAUAGUGGCAUUGACAAUGCCACAGACAUCCUAGAAAAAGGAACAAGGUAAGAAGGGAACUUGUGGGGUACAGUGGUAGAAUCAGCAUUUGUUAGCAUAUGAAAAACAAAAGAGAGAGAACUUCCUGGUCCCAGAGGAACCAAGGGUAGAGUAUAGGUGAAAUCCAGCAGCUUAAUUUUGUACAUUUUCCUCAAUGAUCUCAAGCCUUCCAGUUUAUUUGUGCAGAGGUUCAGUGAGGGUCAAAGGGACAGGCCUGAUGUUGGGCUGUUUAAUGAAUACUGGUUGGCCCGAGGAGUAGCUGUGUUCUGUUACAUGAACUCUCAAACGUAGUUACAGGCAAAAGUAAAGUGACAUUGGGAUAGAAGGCAUUAAAACUGGGACACUCACGUACCCCUCAGUGGUCAUUGACUAUUGCAGCAGCCUCAGACAGUCAGGAAGCCCAACUGUGUAGGCCAGAGACUAUUUCUGCUUAGACUUGUUAAUGUUGUUUGCCUUCAGAUUUAUGAAAAGGACCAAUAUAAUCAGCCUGCCACAUCUCCCAUAGGUGCUUUCCUUCCCUUAAGUGGAGAAGGGCUUCCUGUAAGGGAUGUUUGUCUGAGCAGGUGCAGCACAGUUCACAAGCAGAAAUGCAAGUGUGACAUUUCUCCCUGCUAACGGACCAGCCUUGAGCUUGGCCCUCCCAAUGCAGAUUGUGAGCACUGCUAUGCCCCCUUUCCACAAGUCUCUCCUAGUUGUCACCAUCUGGUUCUCUGUCUCGAGGGGGAAAUCCUGGCUAGUUUGUCUGCCAUAUUGUUUCAGUGACUCGCUGGAAUCCUGUCAUCUGGGCGGGAUGUGACUCACACACAGAAAAUAGACCGUGUUUGGCAAUAGCAAGAAUCUCUUGCCAUUUAUCCUUCUGCCCUAUGAGGGUACAGUUAACUUUCCAAUCGUUUUGCUCCCAGAAAGGGAACUACACUGUGCAAACUUGAGGACAGCAUACCAACCAGUAUAAAUUUGCACGUGUUCAGUGGACUCUGAUUCAUGCUGGAAUGCACUCCCUGACCUGAGCACUCCCCUAUCCCUUAGUGACGUUAAUGAAAUUGAUCCUUAUCUCUAGGACCAUAGCAUGAUAUUUUCAUACUUUUCCUUUGUGUUGGGCAGAUGUGUCUGUGAACCAGACAUUACUAAUAAUCAUCUUUGUCAUCUCCAUGCUUAUACUCAGUUUUUAUCAGAAGGUGUGGAGGGGUCACUGAGUUUUCUAACUUCUUUAUUUGGACUCUCACAUUAUCCAGGCUUUCUUUUGGAUCCCUGGGGAAUGGAAUCUCAUUUAUCAACUGUUUUCUAAGGGCUCAUUAGAAGAGGACUGCUGAAUGUUUUCCUUCCUCUAACUGCCCCCUAAGAUCUUCUGCCUACAAACUUCUGUCGAUCUUGAAGGUUUUCAACCAACUUUUCCAGCUAUUGAAUAAUUUGAGUUUGUUGUUCACAGAAUUGUAUGGCAGCAGUAAGGGCAGCUCCUGGAAUGAUUUAUUUUUCCAUUCCCCUCCAUCAUAUGGGCAUCGUUGUGGAGGGAAUUCAUAUGAUCUGAGACUCCUUCUAAGUUGGACCAAAUAUUCUGUGCCCACUCCAUCCCCACAGCUCUGACACCAUGUUUUUCUGAGAGGCCAAGGAGAAUAUUCUCGCUCUC